UCGAAAUUCCCUCCAAAGUGCGCCUUGAACAAAACAAACGAACCACCUCCUUCUUAUCCUCACGAAUAUUUAGCGUUAAAACCACGGGGACUGUCGUGGUCAUACUGAGACCCUGAGGACAGGGAAGUAUAUUCAAGAUAUGGAGAAUAAUAUAGAUAAGGAAGAUGGACAUUGGGAACCAAGUGGAAUUUAUGAAAGUGGAGGAGAAAGCGGACUCGAGAGAGCUUCAGGAACAGAGAUGGAUGAACAAAGAAAACAAAACUUGGCUUAUCAAUAUUUGUGUCAUUUAGAAGAAGCCAAAGUGUGGAUGGAAGCUUGCCUUAAAGAGGACCUUCCUGAAACUACAGAACUUGAAGAAAGCAUGAGAAAUGGUGUCCAUCUUGCGAAACUCGGCAACUUCUUUGCUCCAAAAGUUGUACCUCAUCGUAGAAUCUUCGACAAAGAGCUGAAACAUUUUCUUUCCAAGGGGCUCCAUUUUCGCCACACAGACAAUAUAAAUUAUUUCUUUAAAGCAUUAGAUGAUGUUGGUCUUCCAAAGGUCUUUUUCCCAGAAACUACAGACAUUUAUGACAAAAAGAAUAUGCCAAAACUUAUUUACUGUAUUCACGCCUUAAGUUUGUUCCUAUUCAAGCUUGGUUUGGCUCCACAGAUUCAAGAUUUGUAUGGAAAGGCUGAGUUCACAGAGGAGCAGAUCAGUGCUAUGCGUAAAGAGCUGGAAAAAUAUGGAUUGCAGCUGCCAGCAUUCAGUAAAAUAGGAGGCAUCCUUGAGAGUGAGCUGCCGGUUGAUGAGGCUGCAUUACAUGCUGCUGUGAUUGCCAUCAAUGAAGCCAUUGAUCACCAAGAUGCAACAGGUACCAUGGAAGCUAUGAAAAAUCCCAAUGCCCAUCUUGUUGACCUUGAUUCAGAAAACACUGAAGAAUACCAGAACCUGUUGUAUGAAGCAAAGAGUACUAAAACCAAGCAGGCCCUUGCAAAGUCACCAGGAAGUGACAAAGAGGAAGACAUCUACGACAAGUAUCUAACUCAAGCAGAAAUACAAGGAAACAUCAAUCAAGUUAAUGAGACGAUCAGAAAGAGGAAGGCUGAAGAAGCCUUGAAGAAGUCAAUCAAUAAUAUCAACAGCAUGCUGGAUGGCGAAGACCUUGAAGCAUUAAUAGCAGCCCUGUCUGACAAAUCUGCAGGAUUAAGGAAUGUUGAUGGCCAGAAUGGGCCUUGGUAUCUAAUGAUGCUGAGGGAGAAAAGACAAGUUAAACAAGAGACGACUGGAGACCCAAAUGCACAGCUGACUCAGAGUGAGAUACAAGAAAGUAUCAAUGGAGCCAAUGAAGCUGCUGAAACACACCGACAAAUGCAAGCUACUGUAUCUGCCAUCAACAAGAGUCUUGAUGGAGAAAACGCUGAAGAAACUCACAUGUUGAUACAAAAACAAGAGGCUAUGUUGCCUAAAGUGCUUGGUAGAAGUGCCUAUCUCUAUCAUUAUGAGCUAAAGAAGGCAAAGAACCAGAAACAAGCUGAUCUGGAGCAUAUUGAAAUUGAGGAUAGGAUCAAGGUUCUGACAGCUGCAGCAGCUAUUAAUGCAGCCAUCGACAAGCAAAACGCGGAUGAACUGAUGAAAACGAUGGAGGACCCUAACUCAGAGUUAUCAUCAGUAGAUGAGACGCUGGGUAGAAGAUACUUGGAUCAUUUUAUGUCGGUCAAACACGAAAAGGCACAGGACUGUGGAAUAGGAAAGGAUGAUCUGACUCCAUUAGAGCUGCAGAUUUGCGUGGAUUACGUAAACGCGGUUGUACAAGAGGAACACGAUCUGAUCGCCGCGUUAUCGGUGAUUAAUGUAAACAUCGAUAAAGGAGACGCAGACGAAACCACACGAUCUUUACAAGCGGCUGCUGCUAAGCUGUCAGGCGUGGACGCUGCCAACGCAGAGAUCUACCAAGAUGUACUGUUUGCCACCAAAAGAUCCAAAGCACAGAAAACCAAUGACAGAUCCGCGGAGCUAUGGCACGACGAGAUUCAGCCGUGUAUCGACCACUCUAACAAACAUGCCGAUGAAACCCAUCAACUUGCGCAGGGACUGGUGGCUAUUAACCAGGCUAUUGACCGUGGGGAUCAGCAAUCCUUUAGUAAUGCACUGGGUGACUCUGCUGUAGGAAUACGAGGUGUCACGCAAGAAUGUACUGAGAAAUAUUUACAUGCGCUACAGGAAGCUAAACAGAAGAAGAAGGAGAAUGGAGGAACAUCACCGUGGUUAGAGCAGAGAACCAGUUAUGGUCAUGUCUAUUACUACAACAAUGAGAAUGGACAGACAAGCUGGACGAAACCAGACGACUUCAAGGACAAUUCCUCGCUUCUAACAAAAGAAGAGAUUCAGACCGUAGUAUCACGUGAGACAGGAGAACAUGACCGUAUGGUUUAUCUCACCUCGAACGAGCCUACCAUCAUCAAACUACAGGCUCACUGGAAGGGAUACUUGGCCCGUAAAUCAUACAAGAACAGAGUGACCUUCAUCAAAGAGCAGCUACCUGCUAUCAUCAAGAUACAGGCCAACAUUAAAGGAUUCUUACAACGAACCAAGUAUCGUAAAAGGUUAAAAGAACUGAAAUCAUCAGAACAAGAUGUCAUAAAGAUCCAGUCACAUGUCAGAAUGUUUCUUGCAAGAAAGCAUUACAGAGGAAGAAAGAAAUACUUCGAUGAGCACCAAGCUGCUAUUAUCAAGAUCCAAGCCUGGGUGAGAGCAAAUGUGGCGCAGAAUGACUACAGAAAACUUAUAUCCAUGCAGGAUCCUCCGGUCAAAACUGUUCGAAAAUUUAUUCAUUUGCUGCAGCACAGUGACGCUGAUUUUGAAGAAGAACUUGAAUUACAAAAACUUCGCGCACAAGUGGUGACAGACAUCAGAUCCAAUCAACAGCUGGAGAACGAUCUUAACCUGAUGGAUAUCAAGAUUGGAUUAUUAGUGAAGAAUAGGAUUACAUUACAGGAUGUGGUGCAUCACGGGAAGAAGCUCAAGAGAGAGAAACAAGACAUGAUGUCAGCUGUACAGAGAACUAAAGGAAUCAAGUCUCUAAGUAAAGAAAGCAGAGAGAAACUUGAAGCCUAUCAGAACCUCUUCUACUUACUACAGACAAAUCCCACAUACCUGGCCAAGCUGAUCUUCGAAAUGCCUCAGAGCAAAACAACCAAAUUCAUGGAGUCUGUGGUCCUCACCUUGUACAACUACGCGUCCAACACCAGAGAAGAAUAUCUGUUACUUAGGCUAUUCGAGACUGCGUUACGGCAAGAAAUCUGUUCUAAAGUAGAUCAACCGGUUGAAAUCAUCACAGGGAACCCAACGGUAAUAAGGAUGGUGGUUCAUUUUAACAGAGGUCAAAGGGGUCAGAGUUCACUAAGAGAUCUACUGCAGCCAUUAGUGAAUGAUAUUCUCAAAGACAAGAACAUCAAUGUUAAUACCAGUCCACAAGAUGUGUAUAAAUCAUGGAUUAAUCAAAUGGAGACUGAGACAGGACAAACCAGUAAGUUACCAUACGAUGUGGACCCAGAACAAGCCCUGAAGCACCCCGAAGUAGUGGAAAGAAUCGGUGCAUCUGUAAAGACACUUAUCGCAGCCACGGACAAGUUCCUUAACUCAAUUAUUCAAUCAGUGGAUAAAAUACCUUUUGGGUUAAGGUACGUAGCAAUGACGCUACGAGUAUCAUUAAUGGAGAAGUUCCCCAAUGUACCAGAAGAUGAGAUCUUAAAGGUUGUUGGUAAUCUAAUAUACUAUCGUUACAUGAACCCUGCAAUCGUCGCACCAGAUGCCUUUGAUAUUGUGAACCUAAGCGUCGAGAAAGGCCUUCUACCAGAGCAGAGACGUAAUCUGGGCAUCAUUGCAAAACUUCUCCAGUUCGCUGCCUCAAACAAACUCGUAACAAUGAACAGCAACAAGGAGGAAUGGAAGGCUUCAUCUGACAACGACUUGAAUGAUUCAGCUGCGCAAACAAAUGAUGCUUUUAAUGUUUACGAUGGAGCAAAUUCUCAUCUCGGUGAACUGAACAAUUACAUCAAAGAAGCGCAUAUAAAGUUUAAAAAAUACUUCCUCGAAGUCUCAACCGUGGAAGAGCCUGAAUCACGCUUCAACAUCGAUGAAUACACAGACGUGGUCAUGCUAACAAAGCCUGUCAUCUACAUCUCUGUACAAGAAAUCUGUGACACGCAUACGCUUCUCCUCGAACACCAAGAACAGAUAGCACCAGACGUUAAUGACCCUCUGCAUGAACUGUUAGACGACUUGGGUGACGCCCCUAAUGUCAAGGAUCUGAUUGGAGGUAACCCUGACGAUGAAGACGAGGACCAAGAAUUAGCCAACGUGGCCAAAACAGAGAUCUCCCUCAUGUUGACCAAUAAAUUCGAGGUUCCUGAUGACGAUGAUUCCGAUAUGCGGGCUCUCUUCGUCAGAACAAAGAGAUUGAUAGUCGAUGUGCUAAUGGUACAACAAGGAGAAAACCUUACGGAAAUUCUAGAAACACCGGCUACAGAAGAACAGGAAACGGCACACACGAAUCUUGUGAAGGAAAGAGAAAAGAACGAAGAAAGAAAACGAAAAAAUACACAAGUCAGGCGAUCUGCUUCCAUAUAUGGAGAUAACAAACUUCCAUUGGAGGGUCUGAAACGAAAAAUUAUACGAAACUUGCGAAUGCUUGAAAGCCAGGGACUGGUGACGAUUAAGAAUGACUAUCAGGACAUCGUCAAUGCCAUCGCCAAGGAUAUUAGGAAUCAGAGAAGAUACAGACAAAGAAGACGACAAGAAAGAAAGAAGCUUAAACAAACCCUUGAAAGCCUGCAGACAAAAACCCACUUUUACGAAGAACAAAUCGAUUACUACAAUCAGUACAUACGCGUGUGUUUGGAUAAUCUAUCUAAGAUGGGCAAGAAACCAUCGCGAGGCAUUAAACAGGGCAAGAAGGCUAAAGAAGAGGUUUACAAGGGAGAACUGAAGUACAGCGCACAAAGAUUGUACGAGAAAGGCGUGAUUCUGGAAAUCGAGGGUCUACCCCCUGCACAGUUUAAGAAUGUCAUGUUCGAAAUUAAGUCAGGAGAUGAUGUUGGUUCAUUUGCGGUGUCGGCUAAGUUCAUGGGCGUUGCCAUGGAGAAAGUAGAACUGGUUUUUCAGGAUCUUCUUCAGCUUCAGUACGAGGGCGUGGCUGUCAUGAAGAUGUUUGGACGAGCGAAAAUCAAUGUGAAUCUUCUUAUCUUCCUGUUGAACAAGAAGUUCUACGGCAAAUAAUGAGUAGCUAGCUAGACGUACUCAAUAAUGAUAAGCUGCUUGACAUGAUCAGCUAAUCAAUAGAUUGAAUUGUUUGUUAAACAAACGUGGUUCUUGUCUCACGCGCGAAGCGCACCACAGGAAGCCCAACUCGAACACUUAAUAAGCCAAUUACAACCAACUGAAAUCGCUAGAGGUAAUAUAAAUUAGCCUGCCAAGUGAUAACCUUCGUAUGAGUACUUUAAUGUACUUAUACACAAGGUAGCUCAUGCUUUUUCUCCUAAAGCGCACCACAGGUAGCCCACCUACCAAAACAAGAAGCAUUUAUUACGCCUGUCAAAUCACUAAUGAUCGCUGAAAUGAUGUCAAGCGGUACAUUUGUGGUUCAUUCGGUUAUAUUUUUGAAGUUCUCCACAGGGAGCCCAUCCUCGUCAUGAGGAGCUGGUUCUUGAAAUCGGUGUCUUUAAAGCAGACAAGCUUGGACAAAAAAAAAACACUUGAAAAUUAUUGAUAUAUCAUGAAUUUUCAAAAUCCUCAAGAUUAAAAUAUAGUUUUAAACCGAAACUAAAUAUAUUAAUUUCGAUAAUCAGAUCAAAAUUUUAAACAAUUCUAGGAUACUUAACGCACUCAAACGUUACUUGCCUUUCACUGCCUUACACCUAAUAUAAAAGAUAUUUAAGCUUUGGUUUAAUAUUCCUGCAUCGAUAUCAAAAUUAGCACGCUGAAUUAGAGGGAAGACGUUCAAUUUAAUUUAAGAAAUAAGGAUUGGAGACUGGACCACAAUGCUUUGCAAACUUAACACUUGUCUUUUUGAAUUGCAAAUCAGCUAAUUAUUUCACUUGCUUCAAGAACAUUAAGUUUUUGAAUAAUAACGAAGAGCUGUUUCUUGAUGAUCGCUUACAAAGGAUUGUGGUUAGACUAGCUUCCCGUUUCCCAUCACCACAAGUCCACCAUCACCACAUUUUGACAGCUUUUCUGUCGAACAGAUUAUCAAUAUCUAGUUAGGCUGGCUUCACAGGUCAGUAGAUAUUUUUCCAUAGUAUACAAAGAGGGAACACUGUAGACCAGUUUAUCUACCACCGAAAAUACUGAAUGUCUUGACAUUUUGGAUGUAAUAAUUGUAAGAAAACGUAAGCUAUUUGUGCUAAAUAAAUAUUCUGAUUGAUUAAAGUAA